CAUUUCGUUCAAGAAUUUCGUGAUAUUUUUGGUCUAAGAAACAGAAAAAAACUUCGAUCCCAUAUGGCGACCAGAGUCUGCGACAGGCGCUCUGAAGAAUUUGAACCCAUGUGCAAAUGGAAAAAAGAAGAAUGUUCUAAUAAUGUUGAGCUCGAUUUGCAAGGUUUCAAAAAGGAACAACUGAAGGUUAUGAUUAAUCAUUGUGCGGGCAUCCUAUCCAUCACUGGAGAACGUCCGUUAGAAAAAUCCAUAACGAGCUGUUUCCGCAAAGAAAUCAAAGUCUCCGAUGACAUCAAAAUCAAUGAAAUAAGGGCCAAGUUUUCUUGUGGCGUCCUUACCAUAACAAUGCCCAAAAAACCUCCCCCGGUUCCCGAGCUGAGCCAACACUGCAGAGAGCUAGUACCGGCCGAUCGUGAGGGUCCUCCAUCAUUAAUAGAUUUUGAUGAUAAUCUGGUCACCAUUAAGCCUGAUGAAGAAUGUGCGGUGAAAUACAUGGUGGUUGGCGGGAUUGUGGGGGUGGUGACGUUCCUGGUGCUUGCUGGCGCUUGCUGCUGUAUCAAAUAUUAUCAGCUGCAUUGUCACAAAUAGAAAAUUGAUUGCAUUUGUUGUGAUGUGAAGAUGUAAGAAAAAUAAUGAUGACAA